UAGUGUCCUACUACUCCAGCAGUCUAGAGAGGCGCCAUAGGCCACCACCAGCACUCAGCCUGAAAGCAUCAUCAACCUUAUCACGAUUGACACCGAAAGGAGAGACUGAUCUUAGAAUUUUCAGCCCCAAGAACCACUUUGAUAGAUCGCACAUAUGCAGGCAUAUAUGGAGGGAGGACAGUUGGGGACUUGCCUUCCUAGCUUCCCUGUGCCGGAUCACUACGUCUUCCCUCUUCCUCUCCCACUUCAACUACCGAGCCAACCAAAGCUUCUCCAGAUGCCAUUUGAUCAGGUGGAAGCCGGGAACCAUGGGGUGAUGAUCGCCUCCGACCACUGCGGGCUAUACCCGCUGCCGGCACUGCCGUUCGGCUGUUCCGGUGUCUCCACGGCCGUCUGCAGCGGGAAGCCAACGGCCGGUUUGAUGCCCAGUAUUGGCGCUGAGGAGGUGUGCACCUCGGUGACCAAAGGUUGCAAUGAGAGUAUUAUUUGUAAUGGCUCUAGCACAUGGUGGAAGGGCUCGGCUACGAUGGCGGCGGUAGUGGAGAGAGGGAAGAUGAAGGUGAGAAGGAAGAUGAGGGAGCCGAGGUUCUGCUUCCAGACCAGGAGCGACGUGGAUGUGCUGGAUGAUGGCUACAAAUGGAGGAAGUACGGGCAGAAGGUUGUGAAGAACAGCGUCCAUCCGAGGAGCUACUUCCGGUGCACCCACAGCAACUGCCGCGUGAAGAAGCGGGUGGAGCGGCUGUCGACGGACUGCCGCAUGGUGAUCACCACGUACGAGGGCCGCCACACGCACUCGCCCUGCAGUGACGACGCCUCCUCCGGCGACCACAUCGACUGCUUCAGCUCACUCUGAAUCACAGAGAAUUAAUUUAAGCUGGUCAUGGCGCACACUUCACAGUUUAAGUUGCAUGGUUCAGAAGCGAUCGAGAGAGCGUUGCAAGAGCGAAUGAAGAGUGCAUCCGCAGUUUGCUUCGUCUCUUCAGCUUUUGAUGGAUGCAUGAGAGGACAUGAUGGAAGAGAGUCAUGUACUCGAUCAUGUGCAACCUGAUACGCGACUGUGCAAAUGUGAUCGAUCCAUCCUUUGAUGUAUGCGCUCAUGCAUGUAGGCCAUUAAAUAAAGCUACACUUUUUGUUUCUGAGAA